GUGGGUUCAGACCACUAUGCAGUACUAGGGAAUCACAAGGUGAAGCUAAAAGCCUCGACGAUAGCUGAAGAUAGGCCACAAUGCGAAAUCAACACUCAAAAACUGAAGGACGCAACCACAAUUGACACUAUCAAUGCAACUGUCAGAGCAAAGCAUAAAACACUACGUGACAUCACUGAGGAAUCAUGCACGGAAAACCACUGGAACUCUCUGAAGGCGAUUUUCAACGAAACAUGAUCAAUAGUUCUAGGAAGAAAGAAGAGACAAGAAAAGGAAUGGCUCUCAAUGGACACUUGGAAACUAAUAGAAGAGAGGAGAAUGGUGAAGGAGAAAAUGAUUCAAUGCAAGGACGGACAGGAGAAGGAGACGCUGAGCUCAACUUACAAAGCACUGGUCAAAGAAGUAACGAAUAAUGCUAGGAAGGACAAAAGACGAUUCUACGACAGUCUGACCACUGAAGCUGAGAAGGCAGCAGGCAAAAGGGACCUGAGAACAUUAUAUCAGAUAACCAAAAAUCUAUCUGGGAAGAAAUCAACACAAGUGAAAUCUGUGAAAGACAGCCAAGGGAACCCAAUUAUCAAGGAAGGAAGAGAGAUUACACAAUGGGCGGAUCACUUCAAAGCACUCUUGAACCGACCAUCACCUGCAACCCAUCCAGAAACGUACACAUCUGCAAGUUGACACCAAUCUUCCAACGAAAGCUGAAGUCCUGAAUGCAAUCUAACUUCUGAAAGCUGGAAAAGCGGCUGGACCAGAUGGAAUACCCCCUGAAGCACUGAAAGCGGACCCAGAAACUAUAGCAGACAUGCUGACUCCAUUAUUGCAACAUGUCUGGAAGGAGGGAAAAUUGCCUUCUGAUUAGAGGAAAGGUUACCUCGUGAAACUACCAAAGAAGUG